CUGUGUGGUGUACUGUGCUUAUGCGUUGAAUGUACGGCAGGUCACGGUGAAUGUUGCUCCUUAAAUUAUAUUGUUCUUUUGUGGGAGAUGUUACGUUCUCUGUGUUGUAGUAGUGUGAGACGGGAGGAUAUAUUAGGAUUAUGUUAUUCCGAGCAAGCUCUGUGGCGCUUUGUUUUGAUUUGUGGUUGCUAAUUAUGUUAGCUCCCGGGCGCUAGCUGCCGUGAACGUGUACUGUGAUGCGUUCAAUGUACGCUGUUGAGUCUACAGCGCAUGCUGUCGAGGUUCCUGCGGUGGUGAAUAAAGGAGAAUAAACAGUGUGGGUUACAUAUACAUUAGCAAGAAUGGUGCACAUCAUUAAAAUAAGAUUACAUUUAAAAUAAAAAUACAUUGCCCCUAUUGUUUUCAUAUUCUUAGAUGUUUUGACACCCAACUUUUCAGCCUCAGGAUUCACAUAAUUCCACCAUACUGCCUCCACUGUGAACGUGUGAUUGGGGUAUUCAUUAUGGACAAGAACAACGAGCUGAUGUUUCAGUAAAGGAAAUAAAUUACAUUGAUUCAUAUGUGUAAUUUAGAUUAUUUGACCAAGUUCAAAUGCAAAUACAUAUAGUUAAGUAUUUGUUCCCAUGGUAUUUUAAUUUAUAAAUCCGGGGCAUAAGUGGUGACACUAAUGUUCCAAGACAACUCUUACAGGCAACGUAUGUACUGUUGCCUGUAAUACUGGCAAUGCUGAAAGUAAUGGCUCAAUUCAAUUGAAUGAAUUCGAUUGAAGCUUCCACUACCAUGGUAAAUGAAACAGGCAGCUCUGAUGUUCAGCCUAAGAUAAUCACAAAUACAAGUAUGACUAGUGAUGCACUGUAUUUUUGAGUUAUCAAAGCUAAAUAGAUAUAAGAGAAUAAUAGAACCUACAAAUCAUUUAGAGAUUAAUGGUUCAAAAAGAACUCUCAAGCAGGUGACUGGUUUUAAAGUUAUAGCUGAUCAUUUAAUAUCAGCCCUAACCAUGAACUAAAUGAUCAUAAGAAUACAACAUGACUAUACAGUAUAAAUAGUUCCGAUUUCUCCAGCAGAUUCUAUCAGUGUGACUAGACAAAGGAAUCAUGUGCUGCAUGUUCUUUCCUUUUACAGACACUAAAACCAGUGUUUAUCUCUGGCCAAGUCAUUCCUCUCCAUAAUCCACCAGUAUAUUGUUCUAGCUUGUAAACGUGACUGUUCCGCUGUCUAUUACACAGUGGAAGUAAAUAAUCGAAAACUGUGUUAUAUGUAUCAGUGUGAAUUCUUUAUGAGAACUUAGAACUAAGAGCCGCGGCAGCAUCAGUGUGAGCGAGGGGCGCGUCCUGCCUGUGGCUGCCUGCUGCUCCACUCUGUGUGACUGUAGCGCUCCAUCCAUACACGGCUGCGGAGAUGGCGGACCCGGCGCAGUGUAGCAUCAAGGUGGUGUGUCGUUUCAGGCCGCUUAACAGCUCGGAGGUGGCCCGAGGAGACAAGUACAUCCCGAAGUUUAAUGGGCAUGACUGUGUUCACAUCGCGGGUAAACCUUACUACUUUGAUCAUGUAUUCCAGUCCAACACAACUCAGGUUGAAUUCUAUGAAGCUGUGGCUCAGAAAAUUGUCAGAGAUGUUCUGGAAGGGUACAAUGGUACAAUAUUUGCCUACGGGCAGACAUCGUCAGGCAAAACACACACAAUGGAGGGAAAACUCCAUGACCCAGACUCGAUGGGAAUCAUUCCCAGAAUUGUUGAAGACAUUUUCAACCACAUUUAUUCUAUGGAUGAGAACCUGGAGUUUCAUAUCAAAGUUUCCUAUUUUGAAAUUUAUCUAGACAAAAUCCGGGACCUAUUGGAUGUAACAAAGAUCAACCUUUCUGUACAUGAGGAUAAAAACAGAGUGCCAUUUGUCAAGGGGUGUACUGAGCGUUUUGUGUGUAGUCCUGACGAGGUCAUGGACGCCAUCGACGAAGGCAAAAACAACAGACACGUGGCCGUCACAAACAUGAAUGAGCACAGUUCCAGAAGUCACAGCAUCUUCCUCAUCCACAUCAAGCAGGAAAACACUCAAACUGAACAGAAAAUGACUGGCAAACUGUACCUGGUCGAUCUGGCAGGGAGUGAAAAAGUGGGUAAAACUGGAGCAGAAGGCACGGUGCUGGAUGAAGCCAAGAUGAUAAACAAGUCUCUGUCUUCACUGGGAAUUGUCAUCUCGGCUCUGGCAGAGGGUUCGGCUCAUAUACCGUACAGAGACAGUAAAAUGACCAGGAUCCUGCAGGACUCCUUAGGAGGGAACUGUCGGACCACCAUGGUCAUCUGCUGCUCACCGUCCUCCUAUAAUGAUGCAGAGACCAAGUCUACGCUGCAGUUUGGACAAAGGGCAAAGACAAUAAAGAACACAGUGAUUCUGAAUGUGGAGCUGACUGCAGAGCAGUGGAAGAACAAGUGGACGAGAGAGAAGGAGAAGAACAAAACCCUGAGAUGCACUGUCACCUGGCUGGAAAAUGAGCUCAACCGCUGGAGGAAUGGAGACAGUGUGCCAGUGGAGGAACAGUUUGAUAAGGAGAAGGCCAAAGCAGAGGUGCAAGCUUUGGACAGUGCACUCAACAACGAUAAAGCAGCACCUACAGCAGCCCCCAGCACUCUGACCGGGGUCAAACUCACAGGUGCUGAGAAAGAGAAGUGUGCAGCAGAAAUGGCUAAACUGUACAAAGAACUGGAUGAAAAGGAUGAUGAGAUCAACCAGCAGUCUCAGUUGCUGGAGAAGCUGAAGGAGCAGAUGUUGGACCAGGAGGAGCUCUUGAAUUCCUCCCGGAGUGACCAUGACACCCUUCAGACAGAGCUAAACAGGCUUCUAGCAGAGAAUGAAGCCUCCAAGGAGGAGGUGAAGGAGGUGCUGCAGGCCCUGGAGGAGCUGGCCGUCAACUAUGAUCAGAAGAGUCAAGAAGUGGAGGACAAAACAAAAGAGUUUGAAGCCCUCAGUGAAGAGCUGAACCAGAAAUCGAGCUCCUUGGCCUCCAUUGACUCUGAGCUGCAGAAGCUGAAGGAAAUGACCAACCACCAGAAGAAGAGGGUCACUGAGAUGAUGUCAUCGUUACUCAAAGACCUAACUGAGAUCGGCAUCGCAGUCGGAAGCAAUGACAUUAAGCAACAAGAUAGCAGUGGUCUAAUUGAUGAAGAGUUCACUGUGGCCCGGCUCUACAUUAGUAAGAUGAAGUCUGAGGUGAAGACGAUGGUGAAGCGCAGCAAACAGCUGGAGAGCUCCCAGGCCGAGAGCGUCCAGAAUAUGGCUGAGACGGAGCGGGAGCUGGCGGCUUGCCGACUCCGCAUCUCCCAGCAUGAAGCCAAAAUCAAGUCCCUGACAGACUGUGUCCUGACUGUGGAGCAGAAGAAACGACAGCUGGAAGAAAACGUGGACUCUCUCAGUGAGGAAAUAGUCAGGAUCAAAACCCAAGAGAAAGUAAACACAAUGGAGAAGGAGAAUGAGGUUCAGUCUACCAGUCAAGUCAAGGAAGCUGUGGAGAAGCAGAUCCAGUCCCAGAGAGAGACUCAUCAGAGGCAGAUCAGCAGCCUAAGAGAUGAGCUCGAUACCAAGGACAAGCUGAUCACAGAGCUGCAGGAUCUGAACCAGGAGAUCAUGUUGGAGCAGGAGAGGCUGAGAGUGGAGCACGAGAAGCUCAAAGCUGCCGACCAGGACAAGAACCGUCAGCUGCAGGAGCUCACGAUGUUGAUGGACAAACAGGAGCAGGCCAAACAGGACCUGAAGGGACUGGAGGAGACUUUGACUCGGGAGCUGCAGACACUUCACAACCUGAGGAGGCUUUUUGUCCAAGACUUAUCUACCAGAGUCAAAAAGAAGAGAGAUUCAGAAGAACUGGAGAUUACCACUGCCCAGAAACAGAAGAUAUGUUACCUGGAGAACAACCUCCAGCAGCUCACUAAAGUCCACAAGCAGCUGGUGCACGACAACGCCGACCUUCGCUGUGAGAUUCCAAAGAUGGAGAAACGUCUGCGGGCCACGGCAGAACGGGUCAAAGCCCUGGAGGCUGCGCUGAAGGAGGCCAAAGAGAAUGCAGCCCGCGACCAAAAACGCUACCAACAGGAGGUAGAGCGCAUUAAGGACACGGUCAAGCCCAAAAACAUGGGCAGGAGAGCCUCAGCGCAGAUAGCCAAGCCCAUCAGACCAGGCCAGCUGCCGGGUGCUCCGCUCAUCCCCAGUCUCAACAGGUCCAACUUCAACAGGUUCAACACAAACAUCAUGUUCCACAGUCGAGUGUUUCUCACAUCACAGAUCUAUGAUGUCAUUUUCCUGACCUUUUUUUAACUGGCUGUAUACUUCAUCCACUGUUCUCCUCCCAUUCUCCCUGCAGCUCCUGAGAAUGGUGAAGAUGUCAGAAUACGGCGUGUCUGGAUGGAUUACGUACGCUCAUGGGCGUUAUAAGGGUCGCUUAUAUUCAGUCUAUAUUGCUCAAUCUUCAUGAUUUAAAAAAAUAAAAAAUUAUUUUAGCACCGUUGCAGAUACAUGAACACGUAUCUGUUCUUAUUACGCACACAUCAUUUCCACCAGUAAUAGUAUUAUAAGCCACAUCUUGGUGCUGUAGUGUGUGUGUGUGUGUGUGUGUGUUGGAUGAUGCUACAGUACACCUGUAGAUCGAAAACAAGCUUUUUUUUUUCAUUUCACAGCAUUCUCUGCAUUAUUUCUGCCCCAUUUCAAAAAGCCACAGCUUGUCAGCAACAGUUGUAUGUUUACUUUGUAAACUUAUUACAAAUGAACAUUUUACAAAAUCACAAUUUGUAAUAAAAGUGAUUUUACACCCGUAACAGUGAAAAACCGUCAGCUCAGUCUACAAAACACCUCCAGUUACAGCAAACACUGAAACCAAAGGUGGUUUUCGGUGUUUUGUUGAGAUUAACCUUUUUAGAUAUGUGUUAUGCUCCACCACAGAAAGCAUUAUUGAUGAUUUAACAUUUAGGAGUCAGUGAAAGCAUUGUGUAAGUGCCUUGCAGUUAGUGAGUAAAUUAGAAUAAUAAAUUAGAAUAAUUAAGUUAGUAAACACUGUUGUGUUUCAGACAUGUUAAAAAAAACCUCCUGUAUUACAUACUGUUUUCUUGAACCCUGAGUUUAUUUUUUAGUUCACACAUAAUACACUUAAAAUAAAUUGAAAUGUGAAAA